AAGUUGCGAGCCUUGAGUGUCAUUUCUGUCAAAGGUGUUUUGUUGAAGUACGCAAUUAUUUAUUUUGUUAAUUUACAUUUAAAUACGCAAAAUUGUGGGCAAAAGCCAAUGAGUGCGCGUCAAUACGUUACUUGGAUCGAUUUUAGUGGUAUCGGAUAAUAAUCAUUUGGAAAAAUGGGGGAUGUGACCCAGGGGGCGCAAGGCCAAAUGAAGAUCGGCCACUACAUCCUUGGCCAGACCUUAGGUGUCGGAACAUUCGGCAAAGUGAAAAUCGGGGAACACCAAAUCACGGGACACAAGGUAGCAGUCAAAAUUUUAAAUCGGCAAAAGAUUAAGAGCUUGGAUGUUGUGGGGAAGAUCAGGAGGGAAAUACAAAACUUGAAACUGUUUCGGCACCCGCAUAUUAUUAAACUGUAUCAGGUGAUUAGUACGCCGACUGAUAUUUUUAUGAUUAUGGAAUACGUCUCUGGGGGCGAAUUGUUUGAUUAUAUUGUAAAACAUGGGAAAUUGCAAGAACAUGAAGCGAGGAGGUUCUUCCAGCAGAUUAUUUCGGGAGUUGAUUAUUGCCAUCGUCACAUGAUUGUUCACCGAGAUUUAAAACCUGAAAACCUUCUCCUUGAUCACAACAUGCAUGUAAAAAUUGCCGAUUUUGGUUUAUCCAACAUGAUGAUGGAUGGCGAAUUUCUGCGCACUAGUUGCGGUUCCCCGAAUUACGCGGCACCUGAAGUCAUCUCUGGCAAACUUUACGCCGGACCCGAAGUCGAUAUUUGGUCGUGUGGAGUCAUUCUUUAUGCCCUUCUUUGUGGCACUUUACCUUUUGAUGAUGAACACGUCCCCACACUCUUCAGAAAAAUCAAAUCAGGCAUCUUUCCUAUCCCUGAAUACCUGAAUAAAUCAGUAGUCAACCUACUGUGCCAAAUGUUACAAAUCGAUCCUAUGAAACGAGCAACAAUUGAUGAAAUUAAAAAGCACGAAUGGUUCCAAAAAGACUGUCCUGCUUACUUAUUCCCAUCACCUGUAGAGCAAGACUCGUCAGUAAUUGACACAGACGCUGUAGGUGAAGUUUGCGAUAAGUUUGGGGUACAGGAGAAGGAAGUACACAAUGCGCUUUUGAGUGGAGACCCCCACGAUCAACUUGCGAUCGCUUAUCAUCUUAUUAUUGAUAACAGACGUAUUGCGGACGAAGCGGCAAAGGCGGAAAUUAAAGAUUUUUACAUCGCGGGGAGUCCCCCACCCGUUAGCAUGAGUCCUAGUCCAAGUCCUUGCGAUUUUGGUUCUAGCCCUUUGAAACCUCAUCCGGAAAGAAUUGCGCCGUUAAGGGACAGAAUGGCGUCGAAUCAUGCAACUACCGGCGACAGAGGAAGAGUUAAAAGGGCUAAAUGGCAUUUGGGGAUUAGAUCACAAAGUAAACCUCAUGAUAUUAUGAUGGAAGUUUAUAGGGCUAUGAAAGCUUUGGAUUAUGAGUGGAAAGUCAUCAAUCCUUACCAUGUAAGAGUACGUCAUAAGAAUCCUUUGCAUGAAAGAUUCGUCAUGAUGUCCCUACAAUUGUAUCAGGUGGAUUACAAAAGUUACCUAUUGGAUUUUAAAAGUUUGGCCAACGAAGAAGCGGAGUCGAAUACGGCAGCCCCUGUAAUGGGGUCUCUGGCCACUCCAGUGCAGUCAGGCGAUAUCACUUUGAACGCAAAACCGAAAGGGCAUUACACUAUGGAAUUUUUCGAAAUGUGUGCCGCUUUAAUUAUACAAUUGGCUCGUUAAUUUAAGACAAAUUUUAUCCUACCUAUUUUACGUUAAAAAUUAUGUAGUCUAAUUACUAGAUUUUUGUUUGAUCUUAAUUGCAUAGUGAGUUUUUAAGUGAAUUUACCAGUGAUAAAAAUAAAAAAGGUAUUAGUCGCUUUUAAAAAGCCAUUAAUUGUGUAAACUGGUUAGUUGUGAUGAUAUUUUUGUUGUUUAAUUAAGUUGUAAAAUAAACUGAGUUUUAUUGGAA